AUGCCAGGUUUUCUUGCCUCACCAGAGGAGAAGAAGCCUCUUCUGCCACAAAAUGGUUCCAAGACCGAAGUAAUAGACUCAGACGACAUCCUGCCAAGCAGAUCGUUGAUUAAUAUACCAGAAGCGACAUGGAUACGAGCUCGCCAGGAUACGAAGGGUCGCCGGCUUCCCCAGACGAUAUCACAUAGAGGAUACAAAGCAGCAUGGCCGGAGAAUACUAUGAAAUCCUUCGCGGAGGCAGUGGCGGCGGGGACACAUGCGCUGGAGACUGACAUCCAUCUUACUAAGGACGAUGUGGUUGUGCUAUGCCACGACCCAGAUCUCAAGCGCUGUUUCAACCGCAAAGAUAAAGUCGUUGAUUGCACAUGGGACGACAUCUCGGCUCUACGAACCAUUCGCGAGCCUCCGCAGCCAAUGCCACGACUAAGUGAACUUCUUGAGUACCUGGCGCAACCCGCGCAAUCACAUAUUUGGCUACUCCUGGACAUCAAACUGGACAAUGAUGCCGACAAAGUGAUGCGCCUCAUCGCGGAAACAAUUGCAGCAGCACCCCACCCAGCAAAGGCAUGGGAGCAGAGAAUAGUCCUCGGCGUCUGGGCCGCAAAGUUCCUGCCCUUGUGUCGGAAAUACUUACCUGACUUCGCGAUUACACACAUUACUUUCUCCACCGAUAUGUCACGGCAAUACCUGCAGGCGCCCAAUGUCUCCUUCAAUAUGCUACAACGUGCGAUACUCGCUCCUCUUACCGGCAAGCGCUGGAUCAGGGACGUCAAAGCCAGCGGCAGACCUAUAUUGUCCUGGACAGUCAAUGAUGCCAACCUGAUGAGAUGGUGCAUUCAGCAGGACUUUGAUGGAGUCAUUACGGACGAUCCAAAGAUGUUCAACGAGAUCGCGAACAAUUGGGACUCAGAGAAGCAGAAACUGGCACGCGUCACACUGAGGCAGUGGAUGACAACGGUCUGGUUGUGGUGUCUGAUCUUCAUAUUCGGCGGAAGAUUCAUGAAGAAGUUCCCGGAAACAGUGAAGCAGGCGUUGAAGCUGGAUGAGGCGGCGCUGAAGAGGAGAGCGAGCGUGUCACGAUCCUUGGACACAUAG